CAGAGAUGGAAGCUCUCUUUCCCCAGGUUGGGCCCCCUCUGGAAGACUGGAUGGCCCUUACCUCCCUCCUCCCAGCUACGCAGGUUCCGGCCCCACCCGCUCCCCGCUGUGAUUCAGUGCAGGCCCCCGCAGAAGCAGUUUGCUCCCCUCCUCUGGCCAGAGCCCCUCUCUUGAGUCCAAAGUGGCCGGAUCCUGGCUAGGUGGCACUGGGGUCCCCCAGUCUGACUCUCUUUGCCCUCCCAGGGCCCUUUCACAACACCCAUGAACAAGCAUUCUCAGUUUGGGAUCUCUGAGAGGCACCCAUUCUUUCCCAGGGUCUGCCCUGGGGGUCCUUAGCCAACACCCAUGGGCUACCUAACCUGAAACUGCCAGGAGGCGGCCGAGAGGGGACUCUGGGCACAGUGGGGAGAGUCGGGCCCGGGUCUCUUACUCUGGUCCCGUUAGGAUUUGCCCUGUGACCUCUCAGAAGUCCCUUCCUUCCUGUCUGCUUACUUAUCUGUGACACGAGGGGCUUGGACUAGACACCUUCCCGCACAGGACACGCUAUGAAGAGGCAGAGGGAGGGAGGAAGAGGAGGGAGGAAGAGGUGCGCAGGGCGAAGACACUGACAGAGAUCCCGGGAAGCUGGCCACUUCCCCCAGCCUCGGCACCCUCAUCUGCAGAAUGGAAACUGCUAAUAGACUACCAGGCCGCUCUGAAAGAUGGAUGGGAGAGGAAGGCAUCCCCAGAGCCAGCGGCUGCUGAAGGCGUCGAGGUGUGGGGGCGCUGGGACAGAACAGCUCAGGUGGCUGGGAGCGCUGCCAGCUUUGGUGACCUUGGGUGCCUGCCGCGUGCCCCUCGGCGCCUGCCUGCUGAUGUGCCCAGCCCCGGCCCGCCAUGCCGCCCUCCAUCUCGGCCUUCCAGGCCGCCUACAUCAGCAUCGAGGUGCUCAUCGCCUUGGUCUCCGUGCCCGGGAACGUGCUGGUGAUCUGGGCGGUGAAGGUGAACCAGGCACUGCGGGAUGCCACCUUCUGCUUCAUCGUGUCGCUGGCGGUGGCUGACGUGGCAGUGGGCGCCCUGGUCAUCCCACUUGCCAUCCUCAUCAACAUUGGGCCGCAGACCUACUUCCACACCUGCCUCAUGGUUGCCUGCCCAGUCCUCAUCCUCACCCAGAGCUCCAUCCUGGCCCUGCUGGCCAUUGCUGUGGACCGCUACCUCCGUGUCAAGAUCCCCCUCCGGUACAAGACGGUGGUGACCCCGCGGAGGGCGGCGGUGGCCAUCGCGGGCUGCUGGAUCCUGUCGUUCGUGGUGGGCCUCACGCCCAUGUUCGGCUGGAACAACCUGAGCGAGGUGGAGCGGGCCUGGGCGGCCAACGGCAGCGUGGGCGAGCCCGAGAUCAAGUGCGAGUUCGAGAAGGUCAUCAGCAUGGAGUACAUGGUCUACUUCAACUUCUUCGUCUGGGUGCUGCCCCCGCUGCUGCUCAUGGUCCUCAUCUACCUGGAAGUCUUCUACCUGAUCCGCAAGCAGCUCAACAAGAAGGUGUCGGCCUCCUCCGGCGACCCGCAGAAGUACUACGGGAAGGAGCUGAAGAUCGCCAAGUCGCUGGCCCUCAUCCUCUUCCUCUUCGCCCUCAGCUGGCUGCCCCUGCACAUCCUGAACUGCAUCACCCUCUUCUGCCCUUCCUGCCACAAGCCCAGCAUCCUCAUCUACAUCGCCAUCUUCCUCACGCAUGGCAACUCCGCCAUGAACCCCAUCGUCUACGCCUUCCGCAUCCAGAAGUUCCGGGUCACCUUCCUCAAGAUUUGGAACGACCACUUCCGCUGCCAGCCCGCACCCCCAGGGGACGGGGACCUCGCGGAAGAGAGGCCGGACGACUAGACUCUGCCCUGUGCGCUUGCCGGCCGCCCCCCGAGGGGCUCUAGCCGGGGCCUCACCUGCCUGCUGUCCCGCUGGUGUCCCCUGAGGCUGCGCCGCUGGGCCGCUGGGCCGCUGGGCCGCGGGCCGAGGGAGGCUCUGGAGAGACGGGCGCCCAUGGGGCGAGGGCCCUGCACAGGGAGCUGAGCCCCCUGCACCUGUGGGUCCCGCAGGGGCACAGGUGGGCAGCGUGGCCCUGCAGCGAGAGAAAGUGUCUAGAGCCCCCGCCUGCCCGGGGAGUCCCACGGCCAGUCCAGAGGUCCGGGCUGGGCAGGUCCCGGGAAGGCGGAGUCUGGGAGAAGGUGCUCGGGCUCUCGCAGGGCGGGGAGCCUGCCUGUCUUAGGUGUGGCCAGUGCUGCCCGGGGACCAAGCUGGGGGCGAGGAGGGGAUGCCCUCCGAGAUGGGGGCAAGGAGGGAAGCGGGGCCUGCCUUGGCCUUGCCUUCUCUCCCGUUCUGUAGGAGAAGACGGCCAGAAGCAGCUAAGGGGCGGGAGUCAGGGAACCUCAGUCCCCACUGCUGAGGACUCUGUGCCCCAGGCCAUGCUGGGUGCCAGGGUGCUUGCUCUCCCUGCCCUGGGCAGCCCGGGAUCGUAUUUGGGAGAGGUGGGAAGGGAGAGUCCAGAAAUCAUUUCUGACAUUUGCUUUAUUCCCCAUCAGCCCUUGGCCCCCGGGGGGUGGGGGGGCUCUGACCCCUUGGGAAGUGAGCGUGGUGCGGCAGGUGCUGGCCUCAGACAGCCACCAGGCGGCAGCACUGAGCCCUCCUUCUGGCCCUGAGCUUCCUGCGGAGCCUGGAGCGUAAUUACCUGUCAUCUGGGCCACCGGCCCUGGUGACAGGCCUGGACUCUCCUAGGUGACACAAUCUCUGCUGCUUCCGGGCCCGUGGAGAGGAGAACCCCAGACACUCCAACUCUCGGGGGAGUUCUGCCUGUCUGGGAGGGCGAGCACAGGGGCCGGGCCCGAGAGGACAUUCAGAUCUGUUUCCCGGGGCUUCAGAAGCUCUGUUGCGGACGGACGGGGUCUAGGCCUUUAGGGGUGGGGGAAGGACCGACCCACCCCCUGCAAGCCGGGAGCCCCUUUGCAGAGGGGCGGGGUGCGGGAGGGGAGGUGGUGGUCAAGUUGACGGUUCCGAGUGUGAACAGGGACUCCAGGCUCUCCCCACUGUUGGAGAUGGGGUCCCUGGCUCCCGAGGGAGGCCCAUGUGACUAAUAAAAGACUGUGAACCCUU